CCGUCCACAGGAGUUUGUUCCUGCAGCUCAGUUUGUUGUUGCUAUGGAGACAAAAAACUCAGUUCUGUCCCUACAAAAGGAACCGUUCCAUAGAAGAACACUAGAGGAAAAGCUUCUGGUUAAAGAGCUUGGACCUGAGCAGCCUGAUAUCAACAUUAAAGAACACAUCCAUGACAGGGGGAGGAGCUACACACGGUCCUUCAGCACGAGCUGGUAUAAGAAGAAGGCGUGGCUUACUGCUUCUAGUGAGACACGUGCUAUGUUUUGUUUUCCCUGCCUGCUGUUUCAGGUGCCAGGAACUGAACAAGCAUGGACUCACACAGGUAUUACAACUAUAAAACACUUCUACGACAAAGCUAAUAAACACGAACAGACCAAGAGUCACAUUGAAAAUGCUAUGCGUCUGGCGCUGUUUGGGAACGCCAGUAUCGCAGUGCAGCUCAGUGAAGGUUACAGGACAGCCAUCCGGAGACAUAAUGAGGAAGUGGACCAAAACAGACUCAUUCUGAAGAAAGUUAUAGACUGUUUUAAAUGCUGUGGUGCGUUUGAGGGAGCACUGCGUGGUCAUGAUGAAAGUGAGCAUUCUAAAGGGCUGUCGGACUUGGAUGCGUCCCUGAAUGCAGCAUUUGAUGAACAUCUGCAGAUUGUCACUGUGUUUAAUGGGACAUCUAAGACGGUGCAGAAUGAGCUCCUGGACUGCAUGCUCUCAGUUGCAAGAGAGCAGAUCGUUGAUGAAAUCAGGAGUACUGACUUUAUCUCCAUCAUAGUUGAAGCAUCAGACAUUCCUGCUCAGUGUCAGUUUGUGAUUGUGAUCCGUUACAUUGACAAAGCCCACAAUGUGCAAGAAAGGUUUUUUGAGCUUGUAUCUCUACAGAAUGCAACAGCUGAUUCCGUCGCCACAGCACUCCUGGAAAGGCUGAGCUCCAUUAUCCCAGCUGAACACAAGACCAAGCUCAUUUCUCAGUCAUAUGAUGGUGCAAGUGUCAUGAGAGGAGCCACAGGUGGUGUGCGGACGAAGGUGCAAGCUGUGUAUGAGAAUGCACAUCAUGUCCACUGUUAUGCCCAUCAGGUGAACUUGGUCAUGCAGAAGGUGACGUCACAUAUGACAAAAGUCAGGCAGUUCUUUUUUGAUGUGACUGGAUUAUCUGAUUUUUUUUCAAGAUCUCCCAAGAGAACCGGUGUGCUUGACAAAGUGGUGGUGCACAGACUUCCAAGAUCAAGUGCAGCUAGACGCAACUUCCCCAGUCGUGCUGUCAACACUGUCUACGAGCACAAAGAUGACCUCCUGCAGUGUUUUGUGAAUAUCAGGGACUCAGAUGACUUCGAUCCUGCCAGUAUAAGAGAAGCUGGAGGGUUUUUGAGGCUACUGGAGGAUGAAAUGUUCAGCUUCUUCCUGGAACUGUUCCAUCUCAUCAUGCCUCAUGUGGAUAUUCUCUACAGCGAGUUCCAGAGGCGCUCCAUUAACAUGAUCUUCAUUGCUAGAGCCAUGAAGGAGUUCAAAGUCAAUCUGCAAAAGAUCAGUGCAUCCCUCCCUGGUCUAUGUGAUGCACAUAACAGCAAUCUACAGCAGCAGCAGGAGGCAAAAAAACGUUGCACAAGGGGCCCAGGUGAACUUCAGACACUAGCUACAGAGGUUUGUGACACUGUCUUGGCCCAUGUGAUGGAGAGGUUUGCCUUUACCAAGCACCUGAUCAGUGCUACACUGCUUGAGGUAGAUAAAUUUGAGGAGUACAACAAAGAGUUCCCUCAUGCUGCUCUCAACACCGCCGCAGAAGCUUACCCUGUGUUGAACAAAAGCAAACUGAAAACUGAGCUGUCACUCAUUUACAGCAAUGAUGAAUUCAGGAAGUGCACUGGUGUUGUGGCUCUGUUCCAGCUCUUUCAGCAGAAUGACCUUCAGGGCAUCUUUACAGAGACUGUGGCUCUGCUGAAGAUCUUAGUCACCACUCCCAUGACAACAGCUGAACCUGAGAGGUGCUUUUCAACUCUGACAAGAACCAAGAUCUUCCUGAGAAACUGCAUGUCACAAGGACGUCUGAACGCGUUGGCCAUGUUGUCGAUGGAAAAUACUCUUGUCAGGGACAUUCCUGACUUUAAUAACAGAGUUAUAGAAAAAUUUAUAUGUUUGAAGGAUAGACAAGAGAAAUUUACAUAUAAAAAAUAAAGGACUAAAAA